UUGGGGGCAGAUGGCGACACUCCUCCGGUUCCCGCCAACCGAGCUUCAGAGGAGCGAAUUCCUGGAUCGGAUAGUUUCCACAGCUCGUCAUUUUGAUUGAAUUUCGCUCGAUGCUCCGACCGUCCGAAAGCGAAAAGUGAAUCAGUGAAAUACUAGAACAUACAACCACGUUUAAGGGGAACAAACUCAACAGGACGUAUAGCCCCGUUAGUAAAUAAGUUGGCAUUAAUAGAAUCUGCGCGAUGAAGAUUCUAGGGCCAUAACCAAUAACCAACCAACCAAUCAUAUAGACAUCUAACCUUAAAGAGACUGCGUAAAAGAGCGAAAAUCAUUUUGAGAUUGUUAUAUUGAUCAACUAAAAUUAGAAAAAAUGAGUUUCGCGUUUGACGCAUCGAAGGCACAACCCAACGCACUGCCUGCCACUACCACUGGAGGAACGCAAGGAUUUUCUCUCAGUGGUAGCGCAGGUGCAGGAGAUGCCAGUAAACCUCCAUCGACAGGAUUUACUCUGAUGUCUUCGCAAUCUCAGGGUAAACCUGGAGGAAUGUUCCCUUCUGGCUUUGGUAGUACGCAAACAGGGUUUGGGUUCGGCAGUCCAGCGACUACUGCGGCCAUAAGCUUUGGCUCGUCUCUCGGAACCGUGGCUGCUGCACCGGCAGCGAAUGCGGCGACUCCUUCUUCUGGUGCUAACAUCAGCUUUGGAUUAUCGACGCCUGCAACGGGCACUGGAUUUUCACUAGGCGGUGCUCCUGCAACUACCGGUGCCACAGGAUUUAAUUUAGGAGGAACCGCCACGAAUACUUCAGGUUUAUCCUUUGGAGCACCACUUACCACCACAGCUUCCUCAGGAUUCAGUUUAGAUACUGGGACAACCUCAACCACUACCGGCUUCCAAUUGGGAAAUACUACCCUUCCCACCUCUGCCGCUCCUGGAAACACUACGACGACAGCAGCUCCUGGAUUCGGUGUCACGCCUAGCGUGGCAGCCACUCCAGCUGCAGCGACGUUUAAUGUCAGUGUUCCGACUGUUACAACUUCGACUACUGGGUUUUCCUUUGGGACGGUCGCUAACUCAGCAACACCUGGCAUUGGUCUGUCAACUACCUCGGCCUCGAGUGGAUUCAUGGUGGGAAAACCAACGACCACUGCAGCUCCUGCUAUAACUACAACAACUUCUGCAAUACAGCCCACCUUGACCUCAUUUACUACGGUCAGCUCAGCGACAGGAAACGAUCAAACAGCUGCCAUAAACUUUUGUCAAUUGGAAGAAUCGAUCAACAAAUGGACUUUGGAAUUAGAAGAGCAAGAAAAAGCGUUUGUUAAUCAAGCAACGCAAGUCAAUGCCUGGGAUAAACUCCUCAUAGCCAAUGGUGAGAAGAUCGUUUCCUUGAAUCAGGAAGUUGAAAGAGUGAAACUGGAGCAACAGCAACUAGAACAUGAACUAGAUUAUGUGGUUGGUCAACAAAAAGAACUUCAGGAUUGCCUAGUACCCCUUGAAAAGGAGCUUGCAUCUCUCUCCGUCUCAGACCCAGAACGAGAAUACACUUAUCGUUUGGCCGAGAAUUUGGACACGCAGUUGAAGCAAAUGUCGGAGGAUCUGAAAGAAAUCAUCGAACACCUCAACGAAGCGAAUCGUUCUCAAGAUGCGAGCGAUCCAAUCGUUCAAAUAGGAAAAAUUUUAAAUGCUCAUAUGAACAGCCUUCAGUGGUUGGAUCAGCGCACGACCCUCCUGACUCAAAAAAUACAACAAAUCGAUCAAAUGCAUCAAAAUUUCAGGCAAGAAAACGAACGAAGCUUCAAUCUUGCUUACAAUUAGCAUACCGAAAACCCUCCUUACGUUUGACAUUUUUAUUUACUUUUAUUGGUUACAAUAGAUUAAGUUGUUCCAACGGAGUGAAAAACAGUGUUACUAAAAAAUCUGGCAACUCAUGCAUUGCUUACCCUUAGACUCUAUUAAGUUAUUUGUUUCUCUGAGAUCACAGUAACCACAAUCGCCAUAUAUAAAUUAAUUGAAAAUGAUGUACAAAUUUACAAGAAAGUUACUUUUUGAAUA